AAGUUUGAGACUAAUAACCCUUAUUUAUAGAAUUAUUUAUUGUGUUAUUUAUAAUGGGGGUAAAUUAAAACCAGCUCUGAUAUAAUACUGAAAUUAUGUGCUAUUUAUCUCACCAGGCGUGAGUUUGUUUAGGUAUAGACACGCGUUUGUGACCUCAUUUUCAUUUAUACAGUAGAACAGUAGCGAUAUUGCUCUAAAUCUGAAGCAAAUUUGUUUUUUAUGAACCAUAUAAUGAUAUAAAUCUAUCGAUAUAAGAGGGACUGAUUUAUUCAUUUAUCGAUCACGUUCAACGUUGUGUCACUAUUCAAUGAGCCUAACUUUUAAAUUUCUCGGAUUCUUCUUGAUAAAUAUUUUAAACUUGUAUGAACAAUUAAUGAAAAAUCUAAUUUCACAUGAACUGCAUUUAAAAGAGCCGGUAGGAUGCCAAGGAAAGUGAAAGAUAACGGUGGACUCAUAUUUAAAACGGGCAAAUGGAUGAGAGAAGAAGAGGAGAUCUUGAAAACAAACGCUAGGGGGUACCUGCAAGAGAACGACCUGACUCUACCCGCACUAUUCGCCCUCUCGGCCGCAGAAAGGAAACCAUUCUUCAAACACUGCUGUGAUAACAUUAACCGAGCUUAUAUCAACGUUUAUAAGAAGGCUAUGAGGAUGUUUGACGAAAAGAACCACCUUGGAUCCUACACAGAUAAGGAAAUCUCUCUUCUCAAGAAACUGUCUUCUAGCGUGGAUGACGACCACAAGUGGAAAGUUAUAGGUGAGAAGAUGGGUAGAUCAGCUAAUUCUGUCCGAGAUAGGGCGACAAAAAUCGGAGCAGAGCCGAAAAAUAGACGUAAAAGAAAGUGGACUCCUCAAGAAAAAGAUAGGUUUAAAGCGGCAGUGGAAAAGCACGGCCAUAACUGGCAGUUAGUUAGUAACGCAGUUGGAACACGGACACCACGGCAAUGUUUAAAGUACUCAGUGGACCAGAGGAACUCAGAAAACAGAGGAGAAUCCAUGUCGAUGCAGGAUCAAGUUACUAUGGUAGAACUGCUGUCACGUGAGCCAGUCAACUACACGGACGAUGUUGACUGGAAGAAAAUAGCAGACAAGUUCCCCGGUGGAGACAACAACCCCGCCAUCACCCCUCUCAACCUCAAAUGUAGAUUCAGAAAACUAAUUGUUUACCGGAUUCCGUUCCAUUAUCAGCUCAGUUUCAAUGAUAUUAUGGACAUAUUAAUGGAUAAUUUCGUGAAGCCGUUUAAAGAUGGGCGGCUUGAUUACGGGAAUGAGCUAUGGAAUAAGGGGAAGAGGGUGAGGGAGCAUGAGGAGGUGAGGGUGCCGGAGGGAGGCAAGAAGGUGAAACUGGAGGAUGAAGAUCACGAGGUUAACUUGGAGGGUGAUGUGAGUGUUGAGGUGGAGGAAAAUGUUACAGAUAAUAGUCAGUCUAAUGAUGUAGUUCCUAUUGUGGUAAAAGGAGAAAUGUUUACAAUCAGUGAUGAUGAGUCGGCGGAAGAGGCGGAGGAGGCGGAAGAUUUAUCUAUAGCUUCAACGCCUGAGGAGUCUUUUUCCAUUGAGUUUUAGAGGGAGAUUAGGUUAUUGACGCAAAACGAAAUUGUCAUUUUUUACUUUAGGAAGGGAAACUUUACUAUCUUUUUAACUUUUAGUGCAUUAAUUUAUUGAAAUAUUUAUCCACCAUCUAAACUAUACUGAAAUACUUUUCCUGAUCAGACGUUGACUAUCGUUUUUGAAUUAUUCGUUUCAAUCUACAAAAAAUCCGACAUAUAUCGGACUAAUCUUUAAAAUUUAUAGUUAUUUCCCAACAGAUUUUUUGAUUCAUCUGUCUGAUAUCCCCAUAGAAAUGUUCGGGAAGUCAAA